AAUCGCAUAUGAUAUGUAUCAAAAAUUAACAUUAAAUAAGUUUUUUAUCUUCUGUGAUAACAUCUGUUCACGAUAAUUGUAACAUAAUUAUAUGUAAUAAUAUCAAUAAGUUUUUCCUAAUUAUACAUAUACAUAUUUUCUUGGAUCUUUAAAAUAAGAAAAAAUGUUAUUUUAUAAGUUUGUUGUCUUUAAUAUUCUGUUGUUUUUGAUUGGAGCAAGAACUGGUUUUGAUCUUUUAUUAAAAUAAGUAAAUAGACUAUUACAAAUCAACCAUUUCUUUAUGUUAGAAUGAAAAUCAUUAAUAUAUCAUUGAUAAUGAAUAAAUCAAUUUUCUCUAAGUAUCUUAAUAAUCGGAACAAAAAAUAGUUCAGUAUUAUUUUAACCAAGAGAUCAAAAGCAUAUUUUUUCAAGUAAUAUUAUGAAUCAUCAUUUUAACAAACGAGCAAAUAAUAUUCCAAUAUUUUAACAAAAAAUUAAAAUUAUUUUUUACAUUUAAUUUCAAAUUAAUUAAAUCAGGUAUGCGUGAUCCAUGCAUAUUUUAUCUAAUAUACACCUCAAAUUCAUACACGUCUAAUUGUUCCAUUUUGUUAUAAUUCGCAUAAGUUAUAGUAAGUAAACCAGGGUAGCGUGUCAAUGUUGUUGCCGAAUAAUUAUACUGUAUCAUUCCAUGCGUACAGAUCUUUAAUUGGGCAACAGUAAUUCGUUUAAAAAUAACCAUACAGUUGAUCAAUAAAUUCUAAACAAUUAACUCUUCUUACAUAUGUUCAAGGUUUCAUGAAGUGACACAAAAUCAGCAAACCGAACGAAGCGACGAAAUUUUGCAUAUGCCAAGUAAUUAAUUAGUUCACCAAGCAAUUAAGACACGUUUUGUAAUAUAAAUUUUAUUUCAACCGAGAUAUGUAUUUUAUAAUAUUAAUUUUAUUUUAUUAUAAACACUUUUUAUCACAUUAAUAUCACAAUUUUAAUUAAACUCAAAAUCUCUCGAUUCCGACAAUUAUUAGCGUCCUCAUUCCCCAGCCAAAGAUGUCAUCUUUGUUUUUCAAUGUCAAUAAAUAUGUCCAUUAAAUGGCGCGAGGACAAACGUUGAGGCGCGCAGUUAAUUGCGGGAUAAUCACCGGCGCACGGUUUGACAAGAGAUGAGAGAGAAAAAGAGAGAGAGAAAGAGAGAGGUCGUCGCAGCGCUAAUGAUUGUCGCCGAUUGCGUGCCAAAUUGUCCCCUCCUCGCAAUGGCAGGGGCGCGCACCUUCAAAGAGACGAACGGGGUGCGGAAGAUGUUGCUAAAAUAAAAGCGAAACAAGGCAAGGUUCACGGGGAGUGGUGGCGAGGCGAGACCGCGACGUGCAGAAGGGUCGGAACAUUUUUUUCGCAGUACGCGCGAGUGUGAAAUCAAGAGCAGGUAAUUAUUUAUAGGCUCAGUAACAAAGUGAAUAUAUAAGACUACAAUGUCUUGGAUGGAGGAGGAAGCUGCACCAUGGGACAGUGAGGAGCCCGCACCGGAAGCGAGCGCCGAGGGUGCGGAAGGUGCUCCCGCACAACCAGCUGCCACUGAGAGACCAGUCCUGAAAUUGGAAAAGUUAGAGCCACCUCAUUACAACCAUCACUGGGUUCGACCACUGUUCCUCAAUUACGCGUAUCUUUACGAUUAUAGAAAGAACUAUUACGACGAUGUGAUCGAUUAUCUCGAUUCGAGGCAGAAGGGCAUAUUUCGCGAACCGCCCAGGGCUCAGGAAUGGGCAGAAAGAACUAUGAGGACUUACGAUCAGAAGAAUGUGGAUAAAAGUUUCAAACGAUCGGCCGACAUGAAAUACAUCACUAAUAUGAGGCUCACAUCCAGAUAUUACAGCUAUCAUACUCGUGCCUACUACAGUAUGAAGUACCAGAAGAUCUUCUGAAUUCGUCAGUCAAGGUCAGAACCGUUAAAAGACAAACGUCAAAGACAAAUGAAAUUUCAUAUAUCCGCUCACAUAUACAGUAUACAGUCUCUUAUGUAUAGGAUCUUUAUUAAUAUUUAUUCUUUCAAGGUCUUUUUAAUCUAAUCAUCUUUAUUGUGUUAUCUUUUUGCCAUUCGACAAUUUUUAUUAGAUAUUUUUAUAAGCUAAUAAAUAGCAUGUAAUUAUGAUUGACGAUACUGACAAAAUUAAUAUUACAUUACAUUCUGCCUAUUGCAGCUAAAAUAACAUAUUAUAUAUUUGUACAUUUAUUUGACACGUGUAUCGUUAGAAAUUGGCAUUGUAAAAUAUAUCUUUAUUUAUAAACAUCAAAAA